AUGGCGAAGCUUAGGCUUGAUCAGAUCAAGAAGACGGGAAAAGAACCAAAUCCUAUAGAGACAUUCAAGAAGUUCCAUGUGAAGAAGGGCAAUGGUGAAUUCACCACCCCAAAAGCUCAGACCAUACAUGCUGAAUUGAAGAAUAAGGAAGAUGAGAAGUUGAUUCAAGGGGAAGAGGUGAACCAGUUUGCGAUUUAUGGUGAGGGCUGCAGCAAAAGGUGUGAAGAUGACCGAAGGCAAGAGAAGGCGAAGAAUGAUGAGAUGAUAAGAAUGUUGAAAGAAGAGCUAGUGUAG